AUGGAUGAAGAAGUUUUUUAUGGCAUGUUGAAUACAAGGAAAACAGCAUUGGUGAAACAGUUGAUUGUCAUUGCUAUGAUGGCUAUGUUUGUUGCAGAUGCAGCUGAUACAAAUGAUAUUUAUAGUCCAUGUCUUGAUGCUAAAGUUCAGAAAGGAGAUGGUUUUACCUUUGGCAUUGCGUUUUCUAGCAAGCAAUCUUUCAAUCCGGAUAAUGGUCCACAGCUUUCGCCUUGUGACUCUCGCCUCGACCUUCCAAAAAAGGGAGCACAACUUGCUGUGUUUAGGCCGAUGGUCGACGAAAUCUCCCUGCUUACAAUUAACAGGAGCACCUUGGACCUGGCCGCAAGUGGUGGAUAUAUGGUGGCAUUUGCAGGACAGAAAUAUGCGGCAAGAUCGCUACCGAUUAUGUUUGCCGACAACACUCACACAAUUACCAGUUUCACUUUGGUUCUUGAAUUUCAAGAGGGAACCCUUCAAAACUUGUUCUGGAAGAGUUUCGGUUGUGAUUCAUGUUCCCGUGGAAGCAUUUGCUUAAAUAAUCAAGACUGUGCAGUGCCAAACUCGCAGUGUCAAAAGAAUGGCGACACAGCUUGCAAUAUCAGCAUACAGUUGACAUUCUCAGGGACUGACAAGAAUCUCGAUGCUCUAAAUUCUUGGUAUGAAGUGAAAAAUCUACGGCAGUACUCCCUGACCGGUCUAUUCUCCAAUCUUCGUGAUUCAUUUAUAUGA